UUAUUGAACUGGUGGCUUCGUAGCUAUUUGCUACCAUUGUAUUCACCUCACAUUUCUUCAGUUUACUACUCCUUCAAUCUAAACCAAUUUCUCAUCUUUUCAACUCUUUCUUUUUCUGAAAAAAUGGCAGAGGCUUUACUUGAAGUUGCGAUUGAGAAUUUGAUGUCUCUGCUACAAAAUGAAUUUUCAACCAUUUCAGGAAUCAAUUCAAAGGCUCAAAAGCUAUCAACCAACUUAGAUCUGAUCAGGGCUGUUCUUGAAGAUGCUGAGAAGAAACAAGUGACUGACCGCUCUAUUAAGGUAUGGCUACAACAACUCAAAGAUGCUGUAUAUGUGCUUGAUGAUAUCCUUGAUGAGUGUUCCAUUCAAUCCAAUCGACUUAAGGGCUUAUCCUCGUUCAAACCUAAGAACAUCAUGUUUCGCCGUGACAUUGGUAAAAGGUUGAAUGAUAUUACAAGGAGAUUUGAUGAUAUUGCAGAGAGUAAGAAUAAGUUUCUUUUACGAGAAGGUGUCACUAUUACAAAAAGCUCAAAUGAAGUGGCUGAGUGGCGCCAAACCAGCUCCUUUAUUGCUGAACCAAAAGUGUAUGGACGAGACGAUGACAAAGAGAAUAUUGUCCAGUUUCUUCUCACCCAAGCAAGGGAUUGUGAAUUCCUUUCCGUCCAUCCCAUAGUUGGGUUGGGCGGUGUUGGUAAAACAACUCUUGCUCAAUUAGUCUACAAUGAUCACAGGCUGAAAAGCAAUAUUUUUCAUACAAAAAUUUGGGUUUGUGUUUCUGAAGAUUUCUCGGUCAAGAGGAUUCUAUGUUCCAUUAUAGAAUCUAUCACAAAUGAGAAGUGUGAUGCCUUGGAUUUAGAUGUAAUACAAAGAAAGGGGCGAGAACUAUUGCAAGACAAAAGAUAUUUGCUAGUUUUAGAUGACGUGUGGAACACAAAUCAAGAACUAGAAUUUGGAUUAAACCAAGAGAAAUGGAACAAGUUGAAAUCAGUAUUGUCCUGUGGAUCCAAAGGAAGUUGUUGUUUAGUUUCCACUCGUGAUGAGGUUGUUGCAUCAAUUAUGGGAACAUGUCACACUCAUCAUUUGUCUGGUCUCUCUGAAAAUGAAUGUUGGUUGUUAUUCAAACAAUAUGCAUUUGGACAUGAUAGAGAAGAACAAGUAGAGCUUGUGGAAAUAGGCAAGGAGAUAGCAAAAAAGUGUGGGGGAUUGCCUCUUGCUGCACAAGCAUUGGGAGGCCUAAUGCGCUCAAGGAGUGGAGAAAAGGAAUGGCUUGAAAUUAAAGAGAGCAGACUUUGGGAUUCACUUAACGACAACUAUAUUUUGCCGGCGUUGAGGUUGAGCUACUUUUAUUUAACGCCGAUCUUAAAGCAAUGUUUCGCUUUUUGUGCUAUGUUUCCCAAAGAUACAAAAAUGUCAAAGGAAGAACUGAUUUUUCUUUGGAUGGCUAAUGGAUUUAUUUCAUCUAGAGAAAAUUUGGAGGUUGAAGAUGUUGGCAACAUGAUUUGGAAUGAACUGUGCCAAAAAUCGUUCUUUCAAGACAUUGACAUGGAUGGAGAUUAUGGAGACAUUUCUUUCAAGAUGCAUGAUCUUGUCCAUGAUCUUGCUCAAUCAAUAAUGGGGCAAGAAUGUUUGUCUUUGGAAAAUGGUAACAUCACUAGUUUGUCAAAAAGUACACACCACAUAAGUUUUCAAUCCUGGAACUUGUUUUCAAUUGAUGAGGGUGCCUUCAAAAAAGUUGAAUCUUUGCGAACUUUGUUUCAGUUGAAGCGAUAUAGUGGAAACAAAUAUCAUUACUUCCCAACAAAUCGUUUUCUUCGAGUUUUAAGCACAUCCUUUAUCAAUGUUGUGCCAUCACUAGGGAGUUUAAUUCAUUUAAGGUAUUUGGAACUUAGUCACCUUGACAUAGAAUCGUUACCUGACUCUAUUUACAACUUACAAAAAUUGGAAAUCUUGAAAAUAAAAUUUUGUGAUAAACUGAGUUGUCUUCCAAAACGCUUGGCUUGCUUACAAAAUCUUAGACAUCUAGUUAUUAAAAGUUGUUUGUCUCUGUCUCGCUUGUUUCCAAACAUUGGAAAAAUAUCUUGCCUAAGAACAUUAAAUUUCUACAUUGUUAGUUUAGAGAAAGGUAAUAGCUUGGCAGAGUUACGUGAUCUAAACCUAGGUGGAGAACUGGGUAUCAUAGGCUUAAAUAAUGUUGGCAGUUUAUCUGAAGCUCAAGAAGCCAAUUUGAUGUAUAAAAAAGACCUCCAAAAAUUAUUGUUGUCAUGGUACAGAAGAAGAGAUGAAUAUACAGAGCCCCCCCCUACUAUUAAUGCUGAGCAAGUACUUGAAGGGCUUCAACCUCACUCAAAUCUCAAGAGUUUGGGAAUAGGUGACUAUGAAGGAUUAUUGUUACCAAGUUGGAUAAGUAUUCUUAGUAAUUUAGUUUCUCUUAAACUUUUUGAUUGCAAGAAAUGUGUGCGGCUUCCAUCAUUUGGUAGACUACAAUCUCUAAAAAGAUUGGUAUUAAGCAAUAUGGUUAAUCUAAAAUACUUGGAUGAUGAAUGUCAAGAUGGUAUGGAGGUGGGGAUUUUUCCAUCUCUGGAGGAACUCUAUUUAUGGGACUUACCAAACAUAGAGGGGUUAUUGAAAGUGGAAAGAGGGGAGAUGUUUCCUUGUCUUUCUGAAUUGAGAAUCGAACAUUGCCCUAAACUUUCUGCACUGCCGUGUCUUCCAUCUGUUAAAGAACUCUCUGUAUGGGGAUGUAAUAAUGAGGAGUUACUGAGGUCAAUCUCUAACUUCUGUGGUCUUAUCUUCCUUCAUCUCGAUGGCUGCAUUGAAGACGGUGAAGGAAUAACAUCCUUCCCAGAGGGGAUGUUCACAAACCUUACUUUUCUUCAGAAACUGCAAAUAUUACGUUUCCCAAAAUUGAAGGAGUUACCAAAUGAACACUUUAACCUAGCUUUAGAGCAUCUCUCUAUCUCUAACUGUGAUGAGCUUGAGUCUUUACCAGAGCUAAUUUGGGAAAGUCUACAAUCCCUUCGAUCUCUAAAGAUUAAGAAUUGUAAAGGAUUGCGAUGCUUGCCGGACGGUAUUCGAAACCUCACUUCUCUUGAGAGUUUGGAUAUUCAAGAAUGCCCAACAUUAAAGGAACGAUGCAAGGAGGGAACAGGGGAGGACUGGGACAAGAUAGCACACAUUCCGAAUCGAAUUUUUUAAUCUGUUAGGGAGUCACAAUUUGUUAAUAAUUUCAACAGUAAUGAAGAAGCAGAGAUGUUGUUGGCUUUUGUUGAAUUCAUCGGAACCCUUUCCCGAGAAUGAGUACACGGAAUAUACAAAUCAAUGAGGUAGAGCAUGUGACACGGGAAUCAAAGUUUUAUUGACAUGAAAAGAACUUGAUGAUGAAGGCUAAGCUUCCAGAUGCACGGCCAUUUAUUCACUUAAAGUACAUUGAAAUGUCAAUCGAACAAAUUCUGCUCCAGUUGUUGUUGCAUAAAGUUGUUAGAUGUGAGAAUAGUUUGAGUUGAUUAUCUUAUUCCAAUUUGAACCAUUGGUUGAAGAAUGUGAGAAGAGGAAUCACACAAUUGUGAUAUACUCUCAAUACUGUGUUGAUUUUCUAGCUUUUGUUGAAAUUGUCGGAACUCUUUCCGAAGAAUGAACAGCGGGGAACAUGAAAAAUCUUUUUCUGGUCAACCUUUGGGGAAAUAUAAAAAUAAAUGCCAGAUAUUUUGUGGAACAUAUGGUAUGGAUGCUGCGGACCUCUGCAAGAAAAUCCUAAAUCUCUAUUACAGAAGGCAGUUGAUUGAUCAAGUUAGUGAGAACUACUUGCUAGAAAGAAAGAUCCGUUUGCAAUUUUCUUCUGCAGUGGAAGAUCUUAUGAUUUCUGAUCUUCCCCAAUCCCCAUUAGUUGAAGUCACUACAGCAGAAAGUAUAUUAGAGAGUGUGCACGUAUCCCUUGGAGAACUCCAUUCAAGAAUCAAAUAUGUCCAGAAACAUGUAAUUCCAACUAUACCAAAUGUUGAAAGAGUUACAGCUUCUCCUGAGCCACAGCAACCACAGAGCACAGAGCCUGGUUGCUUCAGUCAAGAAUCACUCAGUUCUUGAAAUAUCUUUGAAGUGAGGGAAGCCAUGUACAUGUGAGCAAUAUUGUACAAAGUGGGGAACUACAUUCAUCCUCAGUGGAAGUUUUUAUGAUAUCUGGUCUUCCUUAUGAGUUGAUUGAGAACUUACAAAAGAUUGCGCUAUGCAAUCUUCAAUCUGACAAGUUUGAUGAUACUUACUGCAUUAAAGGCAUAUGCUUCUGUCAUGGAUUAAGUUGGAAGUUGGAAGUGAAAUAAGGUGUUUUUGCUUCUGUUAUCAAAAACAUGGAAGGAAAAUUGUUCCGCUUGCCUUGAUGCUGAAGAAAUCUACUUAGCUCAGAUUUGUGAUCAAGCUUUUUUCCUAUAGGUGGUUGAAGACGACGAGUGUUACUCUAGUUUUAAACUACCAUAGUUGGUGGUCUAAUCCUUUGUUAUGUUUGAGCCUUGUAUGAUUAUGAUUGUUGUAUUUCUUUCUUGGUCUCAUUCACUAGUACAGAAAACACUUUUUACAUCUGGCCAAAACCUCAUUUUACAUCUGACCACCGCGUUCAGUUUUGUUUCCGGGGAUAUUGAAAUCAGAUGUAAAACGUUUUGUCUAUAUAUUUGUUCCAUCUGUGGUUAUUGAAAUCAGAUGUAAACACUACUCCAUAUAGCCUUUUACAUCUGACAUAUGCUCGUCAGAUGUAAACUACUUGUGUAAUAUGUCAUAUUUGUACUAGUGAUUGUAAACUUUGGUAGUCUAUCUUGGCACACCUUGUGCUGAGGAGACUGUUUGUUAAUAUAUAUCUCAUUUUAGCUCUUUCAAAAAAAAAAUGUUAUUAUUCAGGUGUACCCAUGAUAUAGCACUCUUGGUCUUGUCUCUUAACUCUAGCAGUGUUUCCUCCCAUCUAAGUGUUGGCUUGCUCACUGCAUUCAGUACAAUAUCUCAAACAAAAUAUAAUAAUUUGUUUAUGAAUCUAAUACCAUGUCUAUUCAAAACAAUGCAAUGCUUUGAAGAAAAAAUAGUUAAUGGUUUUGAUGUAAAUGAACCUUUUGAUUGAGCAACAUGGUCUAUGUAAUUAAAUGAGUUCAUAUGGUCUGUGUAAUUUGGGAGUACAUACAGGGUACACUCCCAAAUUACACACACCAUAUGAAAUUUUAGCGAAAGGGUGCACUUGAGAUUAAUGUUUUAGUGUUGAUUGGCUUAGGGAUUAGUUAGUGCUACCAGUGUUUUGUAUUUAUAUUUAUAUGAUAUGAUAACCAUACAAAGGGAAUCACUUGACUAAAGAGAUUACAUCUGUUUCAU